CUAUGUGCGUCGAGAAAGUCUCCUCCUCUCACAGACUGUGAGCGCACGUCUCCAACAAGCAUUUACGCGCGUACAAGCUCUCCAAGAGAAUCCCCUACGGUCGGCCCCUCCCCUUUCCGUUUCUUGCCGCCCUCACUCAUUCAUGACCCCGAUUGGUGACGUAGGAGAAUCCACGGUGCCCACUGCCGUAGGCAAUAACGGGAUGCUUGAGUAUAUAUGGGACACUGGUAGCCAUCAACCGGCACACUCUCAGUCGCUCCGACUCGGGAACCAGGGCAUCAGCGGAGAUAUGGCUUUACUUCGCCCUCUUAGGCUAACUCGCUUUAGGCUUUGGUUCAGGAUGGAAACCCCUUCGAUUUCUCGGAGCCGACGAUGCUCCAUCGUGCGCAACUGCAAAAGCGGUCUCUCCCUCUGGCUGGUGGUGUGGCUGGUCCUCGGUAAGCCAAGUCCGGCAUCGGCGUGCCCUCACCUGUGUGUGUGCUACCCGAAUCCUGUGACUGUGAGCUGCCAGGCGCAGAACUUCACCGCCGUCCCUGUCGGAGUGCCCUAUGAGUCGCAGCGCGUGUUCCUCCAGAACAACCGGAUCAUGGAGCUUAGAGUUGGCUCUUUUGGCUUCGGGACUCAGGUUCUGUGGCUGUUCUCCAACAACAUCACGUGGAUUGAGGCAGGGGCCUUCAGUGAGCUGAGGGACUUGGAGGAGUUGGACCUGGGGGACAACCCUAACCUCCACAGGCUGGAGGGGGGAGCCUUCCGCGGCCUAGAGAAGCUCCAGAGCCUUCACAUGCACCGCUGCCGGCUCACUGCCCUGCCCCAUGACAUCUUCCACAAGCUUUACAGCCUGCAGUUCCUCUACCUACAGGAAAACAAUCUCCACUUCCUGCAGGAUGACAUCUUUUCUGACCUCAUCAACCUGAGCCAGCUUUUCCUGCAUGGCAACCGUAUCCGCACCCUCUCAGAGAAUGUGUUCCGCGGCCUGGUCAACCUCGACCGCCUGCUUCUCCACGACAACCGCAUCAGACAGGUGAACCGUCGCGCCUUUCGCGACCUUGGCCGUCUGACCAUGCUCUUCCUCUUCAACAACUCUCUGGCUGAGCUGCCCAGCCAGACCCUGCGGGACACCCAAGGCAUUGAGUUCCUCCGCCUGAACGCCAACCCCUGGUCCUGCGGCUGUGAGUCCCGCGCUCUGUGGGAGUGGUUCCGUGAGGCCCGCGUCUCUUCAUCUGAGGUGAUCUGCGCUUCCCCUUCCACCCGCCGCGGCCAGGACCUUCGCUUCCUUCGUGAGAUGGACUUCGCUCUCUGCCCCCUGCCCGACCCAGGCUCCAUCGGCGGCUCCACCACCACCACCUUCAGCACCAAAACCCGCUGGUGGUUUCACAAGAACAAGCCCCAGUCAUCCACAAAAGGCAUCUUUGAGAAAUCCUCAGAGACCAUCAAGGCUGGUUUGUACGGGAAAGGCCCAUCCUCAACCACAUCAGUAGUCAAGUACGAGCUGGGGGAGGAAGAGCUGGCGCUGCCCAAACUUGACCCAGAAGAGUACUGGGCAAACUACGGCAACGAGGACUCAGGUGUCACCCUACGAUGCUUCGAGCUUGAAUGCCCGCCUGAGUUCGACCUGCCUCCAUCUUCCUCCUCUCCCUCAUCCUCCUUGCCCUCUUUCCUCUCUCUACUGGCCCUCUCUGUAUUCACCCUCUUCCUCAACUUCCACCUCCUAUUCGGCUGAAUCUGACUCUUAGUACCACACCCCUUCCCUUCCAGCCUGUUUUAAAGGCUGCAAGGAUCUCUGUUAGACUCUCUAAACCCCCUUUGCCCACUUUGCUGUAAGCCAAUCCUCAAGGCACAGCGAGGGAGAUAGGGGGAUGGUUAGAUUCUUAAUCUACCACCUACAGGGCUUAACACUUUUCAGGGCUGCUAAGAGUUAUUCAGCUAAGGUCAUAUAAUAUCUACAAUACUCUACAGGUAUGGCUUUCUGUGUCACACCUGUAUGAUGUCAUUAUUCCCUGCAAUCAGGGCUAUGAGGGCUGAGUCCAUCACUAAUAUCAGUGCAAUUUGAUAGCAGUUGUGAAUGAUGUUGUUAAUUUUGUGACCUCAACUUAGUUAAAACUACUUGUGCUAUUAGUGCAUCCAGUUAACUGGCUGCUACAAAUACAACAAUUACUGUUAGAAUCAGUGCACAGUAAUGACUAUACUGUAACCACUUAAAGUGUCAUGUAAAUAGGUAUGUAUCUUGUAAGUGUUUAAACUGAUAUCGAUAUCUGUGGUACAGCACAAUCACUUUCAUCUUGAUCCAGGAAAACUGUGAAGGCUAGUGCUUCUACAGGACAGAGCACAAUGCACAGCGAGGAGAGUUUAGCAUAACCAAUGGCAAUCAGAGAGAGAAGAAAAUAUACUGUGAAGCUGGGAGAGCGGAAAAAGACAGAGAAAGGGAUGCAUGACGGAGAAGGAAGGGUGACAAAGAAAAAAAAACAAGGGGAGGGGAGUUAAAGAAACAGGUUUAGAAAGAGGAAGAGAAAAAAGAGGGAAGUGAGGGGGAUGACAAUGUUCAUGCAGCAAUAAGAAAAGAAGCAGCGAGAAUACAGCAAGACUAUGAAGGACAGUGCUGGCCGUAGAAGCAGCAACUUGCAGGAGAAAAGUAAUAACCCACUCAUUUGUAGUCAUUUGUUCAUUCAUUUCUUUUACAACUGAUAGCAUCCACCAUUUUCUGUAAAUAUGGUGUCGUUUGCGACAACCACAGGGGACGAAUGCUUCCUGUCAGGAAGCCAGAGAUUUGAUUGUUGGAUGUCUUUCUGUGACAUAUUGAUAUAAUGUGUAAAGAUUGUCAACUGGAUGCAGAUGAAGAUCUUGAUAAAAACCUAAUACUGAAUAUUUCCUGAAUCAUGCUGUCAUGCUUUUCUUUGGGGGCAAUAUUUGCAGAAUAUAUUUUCAAAAAAUUGAUCCAAGGUGCUCUACAUGGUCGUUUUGUUUUCAAAAGAGUUGACUGCAAAGAGCAAAUCUGGGACAAAACAACUAAAAACAAAAACAGAAUUCUGCCAAAAAGUAGCAGAUUGCCACCGUGUGACUAAAGCGUGACUAAAUCUGACUAAAGCGGACUGAGUGGAUCGACCACAUGGACAUGAUGUCACAGAUAUAUGCCGGUCAGAGUGGCUCUGGCUGUGAUGGACAUCUGUCUGUCUGUGUGUGGAUAAGUGAGGAUGAAUGGAUUCACAAGCUGGCAACGCCGCGAAAGGCAAAUACGCCAGCAGGUUUGUCACUCCACUGAUUCAUUGGUGGGUGAUGCCAGAUAGACAGACAGGGUGCAAAUUGGCUGAUUUGUAAAUACACUAACAGAGCAAUGAGAGUCUGGUGAGAGCAAGAGACAAAUUAAGACUGACAAACUGACAUGCAGGCAGACUGAUGGAGAUGAUCCGAAUUGAUGUGGGGAGGAGUGGGCUUUAAAGUUGAUGUUAAUGCUUCGAGUGCAAAAGCAGAUGAGCGGGCAGUGGAAGUAGUACGAAAAAAAAGGAAAAGGCGGAAGUUACUAAAUAUGGGCACCCACACAGAGUAUUAAUCACUCCCUUUCUGAUCCAAGUUUCCACAUUGCCUUGUAGGAAGCAAUAUACUGUAGGUGUGCUGAUGUAUGGCAAUUCUCCUUUUCUUUUUCUUUUUUCUUUUUUGCACACCGGAUUCUUAAAGCUCUCUCCAUCUCUCAAGGGCAGAGAACAGAUGGCAGGAGAGGGUCUGUAUAGCUCCAGCAGAGGUAAGGAGGGCAAGGUCAAGAUGUAGUAGGAGUGAAAGAGUAGGAGGCAAUAUUAGUGAGGUAUACACACCUACACAAACACACACAGACACACUACACAAAGCAAGUUAGCCUUGCCUCUACAAGAGACAACAGCAGCUUUUUUUUUUUCUCUAUCCGGUUUUGAGUUACAGAAUAAAACUGCCCCUGUAAGAUUUAUUUUUUCAAUUGAAAAAUAAUGUAAUAAGUAUGAUUUCCGAAAAUAUUCAGUGUCAUUCCACUGUUCAGUCUCUUAUUGUGUCUCGUGGAGGAGGUCAAACUGAGCCUCGGUGCUUUUCAGUGGCCAUGACUGUGGGGUCACUGUCAGAUGACCAAAGUGCCAGUUAUAUCAUUUUUCACAGUUUCUUUGUUGAGUCUGUCAAUGUGCAUGUUCUAUGUUUUGUAUGUUUUGUCUGAGAAAGAAAAAAUAAUUCUAUAUGACAGA